CGUAAUAACUUCAUUGGCUUAGUCUGCAUUGAACUCGGCCAGCGGAUUGACAAGCUCCACACUAACCAAAUACCGUUCGAACCGUUCGAACGCAAGCAAAAGAAAUCGAAAAAAUAAAACAACGUGCACUAAAAUAAGUAAAAAAAAAAAAUAAAUAAUUUCACUUUUGAAUAAUCGAAUUGAAAUUUAAAUACAAAAGCAAGGAAAGUGCAGUGUUGAAUAGAAGUUGAAUUUUUGUUGCAAAGAAUAGAAAUUUUCGAAAAAAAAAAUUAAAAAUAUUUCUCAAAUGCUGUUGUUUAAAAAAUGCAAUCCUUUAACAUUGUUGUUAUAUUGUCUGAUAUUGAAUUGUGUACUUACCUUGACAAGAUGUCAGUUCAUCAUCGACGAAGAUGAGGACGACAGCAAUGAGGAUGAAACGCCAGAGGAGAGAGCUGAAAGAAAAAGCAUUGAAGAGGAUUCUUAUUUAACUGUGGAUAAAUUAAUUGCUAAAUAUGGCUAUCCGACUGAAGUGCAUCAAGUUACCACCGAAGAUGGUUACAUUCUGACAAUGCAUCGCAUACGCGGCAAGCAAGGAGCCCAGCCAUUCUUUUUGCAGCACGGUCUUGUUGACAGUUCGGCGGGUUAUGUUGUAAUGGGCCCCAAUGUGAGUUUGGCCUACUUGCUAGCCGACAAUAAUUACGAUGUUUGGUUGGGUAAUGCCCGAGGUAAUCGUUAUUCGCGAAAUCACACCACCCUGGAUCCGGAUGGCAAGAAAUUUUGGGAAUUCAGCUGGCAUGAGAUCGGAAUGUACGAUUUACCCGCCAUGAUUGAUUAUGUCCUGAAGACUACCGGGUUCAAGAGGAUCCAGUAUGCCGGACAUUCUCAGGGCUGCACGGCAUUUUUUGUAAUGUGUUCCAUGAGACCUGAGUACAACAAGAAGAUAAUUAUGAUGCAGGCUUUGGCGCCGGCCGUCUAUGCCAAGGAGACCGAGGAGCAUCCCUACAUUAGGGCCAUAAGUUUGUAUUUUAAUACAUUAGUUGGCAGUUCCAUAACCGAAAUGUUCAAUGCCGAGUUUCGCUUCCUGUGCCGCAUGACCGAAGAAACUGAACGGCUAUGUAUUGAGGCUGUGUUUGGUAUUGUGGGUAGGAAUUGGAAUGAGUUUAAUAGGAAAAAAUUCCCCAUAAUCUUGGGCCACUAUCCGGCCGGUGUUGCCGCCAAACAAGUCAAACAUUUCAUUCAAGUAAUCAAGACGGGUAAAUUUGCUCCCUACAGCUAUAGUACUAACAAAAACAUGCUGUUGUACAAGGAACGUGAACCGCCUCGGUAUAACUUGACAGCGGUAACUGUCCCAACCUAUGUUUAUUAUUCGAAAAACGACUUGCUCUGUCAUCCGGCCGAUGUUGAGGAUAUGUACAGGGACUUGGGUAGACCGAUUGGAAAAUAUUUGGUACCCCAGAAGGAAUUCAAUCACAUGGACUUUUUGUGGGCCAUCAAUGUAAGGCGUUUGGUUUAUUCUCGAAUGUUGAAGGUAUUGGGUAAGGUGAAAGAUCGCCGAGACAAUGUCAGUGUGUACCCGACACCGAAGGAUAUUGAAAUUCCGGAGCUGAAUUCCAAGGAAUUGGAAAGUGAUUGAGAGAGAGGGGAGGAGGAGGAGGAGAAACCUCAAACAUAAUAGGAACUUAAGUAUUUAUUUUUGUAGGUAAUAAGUAUUUAUUUAUUAUUUAUUAAAACGAAAUAUUUAUAAGUUU